AUGAGUGUUGAGGAGUAUUCCUCAAAGUUCACUAUGUUGUCUAGGUAUGCUCCAUCCUUGUUGUCUAAUCGUACGGAUGAGAUGGGUAGGUUUGUGACCGGUAUAGCCAACCUUGUGAAAGAAGAGUUUCACACGGCCAUGCACCAUGGUGACAUGAAUUUGUUUAGACUUAUGAUUUAUGCUCAAUCCAUUAUGGACUCUAGACUUAGUAGUAUUUCUAUAAACAUGAAUAGGAGUGGUCCAAGUGAGCAAAACCAACCUAGGUUCAAGAAGAAGGCUCCAAUUAAAGAUGAACCUAGUGCUCCUAAGGUAAAACUUGAGAAGGGUAGUGGAUCCCAAGGUUGUAAGCCUACUUGUGCUACUUGUGGGAACAAGCACUAUGGGAAAUGUCUAAUGGGUACCGGGAAUCGCUUAGGUUGUUGUAUGUAUGGACACAAGGUGAGGCAUUGUCCUACUAUUGCGGCUAGAGGAAGGGAAGGUAAGCAGGUUCCUCCAAGUAUUCUAGGUGAUGACGCUCCUAGGAAGAAUCGCAUCAAUGCACUCCGGGCUAGGGGAUCAAAUUCGAAUGAGGAUUAA